AUGGAGAAAGACGCCUCUGAUCCGGACCCAUCCCGCCAGCGGAACGGGUUCGUGGGCGUGCUGUACGGGGAGUUCACCGACACGCUCAACGACAGGGUCCGAUACUCGGUGAGCCUAACGGAGAGCGCCCUGACCAUCCAGAGAAUCUCCUCGUCACCCGGCCGGACUAAGGUGGUUUUUAACUUGACCGACUGUAUCGGCUGCCGCGCGUACAGAGGGCCGGACGGCGCGGACGUCGGCGCGUACUUUACCGCUUAUUUCUACCCGUUCAAGAGGCGCUGGAUGAGCGCCGGAGUGACCCGGCAGAGAGUGGAGCAGUGCUUUCGGGUCGCGCUGGUCCAGGACCCGCUCCAGAACCUCCAGGAGGCUGAGAGGUGGGCUCAUGCCAUCAGGGACGCCUCGGUGCUGCAGGCGCCCCGGAGAGACGGUGUGUUGUAUUCGGAGGUGCGUCGGCCUUGUAGAACCAUGAUUCUGGUGAACCCUCACAGCGGGCGAGGACAGGCUCUGCAGCUCUUUACCGGCCACAUACAGGGCAUGCUGACCGAGGCGUCUGUUCCCUACAAACUCGUCCUCACAGAGCACCAGAACCAUGCGCGGGAGCUGGUGAAGAAGGCCGACCUGUCGCAGUGGGACGCACUGGUUAUCAUGUCUGGAGAUGGGCUGCUGUUUGAGGUGAUAAAUGGUCUGAUGGACCGAGAGGAUUGGCAAGAGGCCAUCCAGACCCCUCUGGGGAUUCUACCAGGUGGCUCCGGCAAUGCCCUGGCUGCGUCCGUCCACCACUACUCACAGUCACCUCCAGCGUGGAAUGAAGAGCUUCUAUUGAGCUGUGGCUUCAUGCUGUGCAAAGGUCUGGUUGGCUCCAUGGACCUGGUGUCGAUCCAUUUGGCCUCUAGGCAGCGACUCUUCUCCUUCCUCUCCAUAGCUUGGGGCUUUGUGGCAGAUGUCGAUAUUGAGAGCGAGAAGUACCGCCACGUCGGAGCUAUCCGCUUCCUGAUGGGCACCCUGGUGCGUCUGGCCACGCUCCGAGUAUACCAGGGCAGGUUAGCUUACCUGCCUGUUAAGGAAGCACCGAAGCAUCCAAAAGGGAGCAUCAAAUCAAACCAGCCACCCUCCACGCCUCAGCACCCCUCGCUCUGCUCCUCCCUUCCCUGCCGGCUCAUCCCCAACGCCUCUCCGAACCAGAGCUCUCGUCACAACUGCAACAGCACGAACUCCAACCAUAACACGAUCACCAACUCCUCCAACAACGCCAUCACCACCAAGAGACCUGAGACGCAGAGCGACGGCAAAACCGGAGCCCCUGUGGACUCUCUGCUUCCUGGCCUGGACCAGCCAGUCCCAGAGAGCUGGACAGUGGUCAAGGAGGAGGACUUUGUCUUGGUGCUGGCUAUUUACCAGUCGCACCUGGCCGAGGACCUGUGGACUGUCCCCGGUGCGAUGGCAGACGAUGGGGUGAUUCAUUUGUUCUACGUGACAGCUGGAAUCUCCCGACCCGCCCUCCUGCGCCUCUUCCUCGCCAUGGAGAAGGGCGCCCACUUGGCUUGCGACUGCCCUCACCUGGUGUACGAGAAGGUGAGGGCCCUGCGGCUGGAGCCCAUCUCUCCACAGGGCAUGAUCACUGUGGACGGAGAGAUGGUGGAGUACGGGCCGGUUCAGGCUCAAAUCCACCCAGGACUGGCCAAACUCAUAUGUGGAUGA